CUCCCAGCAACACAGUGUAAAUAACUGCCUUUUCUGGUGUCUAGGGAGCAUGAGUAGAAGAGAAAUGAACGAAACAUUGGUUUGACCCUGGUUAUUUAAUGAGAUAGAUUAAGGGAGCAUUGCAUCCUGGAAGCAAGAGCUCAAGAAUAAAUUGCAGGUCAGACAGGCGGCUGAUGGUUGCUGGUUAGCCAAUGGGGCUGUUUGACAAGUUGGCAGGAUGGCUGGGGUUGAAGAAGGAGGUGAAUGUGCUGUGUCUUGGUCUGGACAACAGUGGAAAAACCACCAUCAUCAACCACCUCAAACCCUCUAAUGCCCAGGCACAAGACAUUGUUCCAACCAUUGGCUUCAGCAUAGAGAAGUUCAAGACAUCCAGUCUUUCCUUCACAGUGUUUGACAUGUCAGGUCAAGGCAGAUACAGAAACCUUUGGGAACACUACUACAAGGAAGGCCAGGCUAUCAUAUUUGUCAUUGAUAGUGCGGACAAACUGAGGAUGGUAGUAGCCAAAGAAGAACUGGACACAUUACUAAACCAUCCCGAUAUUAAACACAGGAGGAUCCCCAUCCUGUUCUUUGCUAACAAGAUGGAUGUCAGGGAUGCUCUGUCUUCAGUCAAGGUCUCCCAGCUGCUCUGUUUGGAAAACAUCAAAGACAAACCUUGGCACAUCUGUGCCACCGAUGCUCUGAAAGGAGAAGGUUUACAGGAGGGAGUCGACUGGUUACAAGAUCAAAUCAAAACAAUGAGAACGUGAGGGCUUGAGGAUCGACACAUCGGAACUAGCAACAGCCAUGGAAGUCUUUAAAGAAAGAUGGGGUUGGCCCUGUUUACAGAGGUACCAUGGGAUAGUAAUAUUGGGGUAUUUAGAAGGUUCUUGGAUUCGUCUGAUUCACUUGGACAAGGUAUAGAUUUUUUUGAAUCUCUCAGGCUAGUUAUAACAGUAAAAAUGCAUCCACCGACAUGACAUGAGAAACAAAUUAGCACCAUUAACACAUCUGUUAUAUGUUUAAACUGAUUAAUACAAACGGGCACUAAAACAUUUUAAAAUAUGGAAAAAUCUAUUUUUAUUAUUCCUCCCAUUUCUCAAUAUCUUUGUGUAACAGGCUCACAGCGAUCAUGAUAAACUGUAGCUGCACUUAAAUAAGUUUUUGUGGUUGGUGCUGUCUUCAUUUUAGGGAGCAUGAAUAUCUGGGAUGACAUAUUGCUGGGUGGUGUGUUAUUUUGCAUAUUUUAGCCCUUAAACUGUCCUGUGUCUGACAAAUGUUCCCUGAAGAGACCACAUGUUUCACAGUUGGUUGAUUUCAGACUGGCACUACAUUAUACCAGUGAUGCAAACUCACUGUAUUUUGCCAUUUGUCCACUGGCUCACAAUAACCAUUAUUAGCUAGGGUGUGGCUUUGUGUGCUAUCAUCAUAUUCAUUUCCAGUGCACCCUGACAGCAAGGGAUAAAUGCUCUGAUCUGCAGUUUUAUGGCCGCUGCUUGAGAACAGGGUACAGUCUCUGGGAUCUGUAACGGGCUAAUACAUACACAACGACCUUUAAGGAAGAAAUGGUUUCCACUUCUGAAAUAUGCCAAAUGCUCUGUUUUUUUCCGUAUGUCUCUCAGAGCCUCUGAAAAUACAAUAUUAUUUAUGUUUGAAGCAUUACAAAAGUUCAGUUUAUUAUAUUUAUAAUUUUUUCCAAAUACUUCUUCAGCAGAGGCAAAUUUUCUGGUAUUUGUUUGACAAAUGCCAACAUUUUCCAUGCAUUCCAAUGCAUACUGCCUUUCUCAAACUUAUAUACAGUAGGGCAAUCUCACUGUCACAUUAAAUGCUGUUCUGCUCGUGUUUAAUUAAUGCUGCUCUUUUUUGAAUAGUUGUGAAAAUAUAUGUAGGAUAUUGAAGAUUAAAUGUUUUCCAGAAAUUCCACUAGAUUUUGUUGUACACAUUGUUACAUGUACCUAUAUAGUUAACUUAGCUGUAACAAGUGACAAAUUGAUUGUCAUAAAGUGAAUGUCAAGUUAAUUAGCCUGCAUAGUGUGUUUACCUUUGCCUUAUUUCAUUGCUAAAAAAAUGUAAUUUAAAAAAAAUGCUUCUUACAAUUAACUCAUGGUACUUAAGUGAUUCGAAGGCGGACAACUGAAGAAAAAAACAUCUGCUCAGCCUGCCUUAAGUUUUUAAUGCAAGGCUUUGAUCCUCUUCUCCAGCCUCUGACUGAAAGCUUGUAUUAAAACCCACUUCUGUGCAGAUCAGAGUGUGUGGCUGCUUUUUUAGUUUUUCAAGCUCCAUCACCUCAACUGUGCUCCAUAGUAAGUGAGAGGUGUUUCACUGUUUUUGAGUAGUUUCAAGGCAAAAAGGAAUAACUGACCAAAAUGUAUGAUAAGAUCUUUAAAAUAAUAGUGGUUUAUUUUAAAUACUCUGUGGUAUCUUGUUCAUAAAUUUCUCAUCUGUAGAACUUGUUUUUUGUACUAGAAAUAUCACUACAAAAAUGUUUUCCCCCGAGUUACACUUUACAUGAGACUGAAUACAGAAAAUCAUAGCGUAUGAUUUACUAAUGGGUGUCCUGACAGUCAUGUUCACUUUCAGGACUGUACCAUACAGAAAUUAUACAGCAAAUAUAGGAGGUCUGAUUGACAUUAUGAAAGUCAUGUCUUGUUUUGAAAAGCAUUUUGUUGGUGGCUUAAAAUAGUAACUGUAGAAUUUAUUACCAGUGUUUGGAGUGGAUUGGACGAAACAAUCCCUAUUCCUUGUUGUGAGUGAAUGAAAAGUCAAUUGAUGGUUAGUCGUGCCCUUUUACCAGAUUUAUCAACCAGUGAAAACUUCACAAAUGCAUUUUAUGUAGAGCAAGUAAAAAAAUUUAAAAAUUGUAAAGUACAUGGUAAUUUUAGCUUAAAGAAACACACGCUGAAUAUUCUGCUUUUGUAGCUGUCAGGUGGUUUAAUAGUUUUAAAUCCUGAAAGUAUAUAUCAUUGUACUGUAAUGUAUUUUGCUUCAAGGAGACAUUUCCAGUGAAAACUGGUCAAUGUUUUACUUUCAGCCCACUCAUAUUUAUGGAUUUGUAUAUACUACCACUGAGGGACGCCAAAGUCCAAAAUAUUCAAAUCCUACUCAUGGUGGCUUUAAGGACACCACAUUGAUUUUGUAAUAUAUUGUUUUUUUUCUACAAUUGCAAGACAUUUCAGAAUGGUGAUUUACAGGGAGACGUUUGGUCAACUUUCAUUUACUUCACGUUUUAAAAACAAGCAGAGGGUCAUCUGAUUCAAAACAAGGACCCUCUGAGCACAGGUUCACUGUAGCAGAAAUUAUAGGUUCUUCCUUCAAACUGUAUAAUCAAAUGAGCUGCGUGUAUAUUGUUUAUAACAUUGUAUGUGUGAAUUUUCAAAGAAUAAAUGCUGUGGAAAAUGAA